AUGAACUCGGAUAUGUCACUACAUGACUUAAUAAACUAUGCAAGGACAACGGAGACGAUAGCGUCGCACCUACAAACAAUGCGACUGGAAGACAACAACACCGCUACUGCUACAACCGCCCCAAUAAACAAAGUCGCGGACGAACAGCGCCGACCAAGCAACUAUCCGCGGCAAUACCGGUGCAGGAAUUGCAACGGAAAAUACCCUCAUGAGCGGGGACCGACGUCUUGCCCGGCAUUUCAUACCCAGUGCACAUACUGCGGAAGGUGGGGACACUUCACCUCUGCCUGUUUCAGAAGAUUAAACGACGGAAACAGACAACGGGAAACAAAUCGUCCCCCACGAACACAGACCAAUCAACGCUCAGUCAACCGCAUUGAAAACGACCAACGGAACCCAUAUAGCAGUGGUAGUGAUACAGAAUACGUGUUCCACACAGCUGGAGCUCGGAACUUGCCACCUCCAAUUGAAAUGGAUACUCCAGCAAACAGGAGUUCAUCUUUAUUUCUGGGGCUUCCCAACCAAAUAAAAGGGCAACUUGAUGAACAAUCACAAACUCUCCACAAAAUCAAUUCCACAGUCCAGAAACUUGAAGCUGAAAACGCUCUUUAUAAACAAGAAUUGAUAACCGCCCACACCAAUAUUCACCAGUUAUCAUCUCUUUUGGAUAACGAACGACGAAAAUCCCAUUUGUCUUUGGAGAGACACUUCAUCCAAAUGCAAGAAAUGCUGUGCACAGAAAUGAAGAGAAUGUCACAUGAAAUAAAUGAAUUGAAGCUUAAAUGUUGUCAACAGAAUUUUCCUGCCACUCCUUCAUCAACUGCUUCUAGCAGUUUCCAACAAAGCAAGAGAUUGUCACAAAAUGCAACAUAUUUGCAUCCUCAAAAUGAUGUUUAUGAAGACGCUCUCAAGUUUUACCAAAAAGUUAAGAAACGUCCAACAACAGUUGCUUCAACAGAUUUUCAAAAUCCAUUGUACUCUUCUUCAAAUGUCCAACAGAUGUCAACAAAAUGUAAGUCGGCACCUUGUCCACAACCGUCUGUGCCAGAGUCACAAGUCAUGUCUCCCCUCAACUCCAUCCAGAAAAUGCUACACCCUACAGCUACACAGCAAGAGGGAAUAGGAGGCUACCAUCACCGGAGGGACAAUCAAGAACCAUCCUAA